CAGCGAGAGAGAGAGAGGGAGAGACAGAGAGAGAGAGAGAGAGAUAGAUCAGAGCAGACGCUGGCUCGGUGGUGAUCAUACUGACUGCCAUGCUUUGAAAUAUGUGAUAGAGGAGCGAUAAUACAGAGGUUUCAACCAAAUGUCAGCUGGAAGGAAUCUGCGGUUCUCCCCUGAUAUGGAAUACAAGUCUUCUCAGAGGGAAACAGCUUCAUCUCUUCGGCCGUCGUGUCAGGCUUUUUGCUGAUGGUACCAGUUUGAAAAUACCAGGAGGAGCUUUUUGGAGUGAUUGUCACUCUGGACCCUGCUGUCACAGCACAUAGGACACUAGGGGGAUUUGGGAUUUGAAGGGUCAAAGAAGAGCAAUAGAUAACUGACAGCUACAUCCAAUACACAGUUCUGUGUUUUAUCAAAGUACAAUUCGAUAUCGAGACCCAUCUGCUGGUUUUUCAGUUUCCUGAGUGGACAUUAAUGAACUUCAUCAACUAUCCAAAAAGAAAGUUAAACUUUGGAGAAUUUUCACAUUUUUCUUCACCAUAGCAUGUGUGUUUUUAUCUCAAGUUGUCCAAAGUGACACUUCUUUAAAGUAAAAUCAAUCUAAGAAAUUAAACAAAGUAUUCCAGGUCCCAUCAUGCAUCCCAGGUUACUCCUCCCGCACCUCCCCGUACUCCUCGUCCUCCUCCUGUUGAUGUGGGGGCCGAUGGAGUCCAUGAGCCAGAAUGACACAGAGCCCAUCAUCCUGGAGGGGAAAUGUUUGGUCGUAUGUGACUCCACUCCUUCCUCCGAGCCCGCUGGUAACGCUCUAGGCAUGUCGGUCCGCUCCGGCUCGGGCAGGGUCGCCUUCUCUGCCAGCCGUCAGACCAACCACGAGCCCACAGACAUGAGCAACCGCACCAUGAUCAUCUACUUUGAUAACAUUUUGGUGAACGUGGGCACCCAUUUUGACCAAGAGAGCAGCGUCUUCCUGGCACCGAGAAGAGGCGUCUACAGCUUCAACUUCCAUGUUGUAAAGGCUUACAACAGACAAACUAUUCAGGUCAGUCUGAUGCUGAAUGGCUGGCCAAUGAUUUCAGCAUUCGCCGGGGACCAGGACGUGACCAGAGAAGCAGCCACUAACGCCGGCCUGGUGAUCAUGGAGAAGGGGGACAAAGCCUACCUGAGACUGGAGAGAGGGAACCUGAUGGGAGGCUGGAAGUACUCCACCUUCUCUGGGUUCCUUGUCUUCCCCUUGUGAGGAAAAGUUGGAUGGGGAGGGGGGGUUGAUAGAAAGAGAAUAGGUGAGGAUGAGAAAAGCGGGCAAAGCUUCAAUCCGAGCCUCUUUAUACAAUGCAUGAAGGGAUUUGUUUUAUGCAAAGUGAGAUCAACAGAAUUCUCAUAUGAGGCUAAAAUAAAAGAAGGGUUGGAGAAGUGAUCAGUGAACACGAUUUAUCUGUGGAUUUCAUUUGCUCUGUUUCUGUGUAUAAAUAUAUACUUGUCGGAGAUACUUUAAUUGUAACAAAAAUAUAAAGUAGCCAUGUGCAAUGUGGGCUUCUGUGCUAAGAUGCUUUUAUUUUUUUCACUGAUAUGUUUGAAACACGGCUGCGCUCCACAUGGCCUCCUGUCUAGCAAACAAACUUUCCCUUUAAUUCUAUUGUGUUGUACGACUGAUGCUCCUGUAUAUGCCUGUUCUUCUCCCGCAAAAAUAAUGUUUAUUUACACAGAAAUUUAUAUUGAGGAGAAAAUAUCUAAAUAAAAUCAUAUAAAGUUG